GGAUCCGUCUGCUUGCAGUGAGGAGGUCGACUUGAAGACGAGCAGCAGCAGCAGCAGCAGCAGCCCUUCCCUCUUCCCUUUUCACCAGCAGCACGCUCGCAGAUCGUCGCUGAGGAGCCUCCAAGUCCCUGCCAGAGCGAACUCAUUCUUUGAGAGGACGUGUUUUGUGCCCACCAUCGGAGAAUCGGCAUUGAAACAAGCUCUUGCUGCCCAGCCAUGCCCUUGAACGUGAUUCAGGGAAACUCUUCCCAGAGCCCGCAGAGCCACGAGAAGAGGAGCUCUCCCAUGGAGACAACUUCGCACCAGCCUGGAGUAGAGGACGCUCCUUGUACGCCUCCUGCAUCACCCAGGAAGCUUGUACAGGCAUACGAUGAGAAGAAUGUUCCCAAGGCUCCAAUGAGGCAGAGGAGGAUUGCCCUGCCUAUCCCUCUGGAAAAGAAGAGAAAGCUGACGCAGGAUAUGAUCGGGGACGACGACAUCCUGCUGCCUCCGAUUGAGGGCAAGGCCUCGAUGCCUGCACGGAUCAACGUGGAGGAUGCAAUUGAGAUGAUCCUGCGCGGAAAGUUCAGGAGGUUGGUCUGAGGAUCGUCGAAGCCUUCCUGAUUGAUUGAUUGAUUGAUUGAUUGUUCCUGUAGAAGUCCUUGACUUCUUUUGUAUAACUAACUGAUACCUGCCCGUAAUUGAACUGUAGUAAGAGUUAACCUUCGUGGAGAAGUCAUUAAAUGGCCUAAACGGGAAAAGAGCUAAGAGAGGGGGGAGAGGG